GGAAGUCAAAAAGUGGGGGGACAGGGAACAAUAUAGAAAUGGAUCCCCAGUCAUGACUAAGAGAUAUAGUUGAGGUAGGGUGCUAAACACAGGCAUGGAAAGUGCAUAGGCUUCAACUGGAUUCAAAUUCCAGUUCUGCUGUGUCUCUGGCAAAAGUCAGCCUCUCUCAGCCAGUUUGGAUAAGAGUUGCAACCGAUAAAGGCUGCACACACGACGGGCGAAUGGUACAUGUGGGUUUCCCUGCCAGCCCCCUCUACCCUAGGACCCAGGUAGGGACAAUGUCCCCUGCCAUCGCGCUGGCAUUCCUGCCACUCGUGGUGACGCUGCUGGUGAGAUACCGGCAUCAUUUCCGACUGCUGGUGCGAACAGUCCUGCUACGAAGCUUCAGGGACUGCCUGUCAGGACUUCGAAUUGAAGAGCGGGCCUUCAGCUACGUGCUCACCCAUGCCCUACCCGGAGACCCUGGUCACAUCCUCACCACUCUAGACCACUGGAGCAGCUGCUGCGAGUACCUGAGCCACAUGGGCCCUGUUAAAGGUCAGAUUCUGAUGCGGCUGGUGGAAGAGAAGGCCCCUGCUUGUGUGCUGGAGCUGGGCACCUACUGUGGAUAUUCUACACUGCUUAUUGCACGUGCUUUGCCCCCUGGGAGUCGCCUUCUUACUGUGGAGCGGGACCCUCGUACAGCAGCAGUGGCUGAAAAACUCAUCCGGCUGGCUGGCUUCGAUGAGCAAAUGGUGGAAGUCAUUGCGGGAAGCUCAGAGGAAGUGAUCCCAUGUCUAAGAGCUCAGCACCAGCUGAAUCGGGCAGAUCUGGUGCUCCUGGCACAUCGACCUCGAUAUUACUUAAGGGAUCUGCAGCUACUGGAGGCCCAUGCUUUGCUUCCAAAUGGUGCCACAAUACUGGCUGACCAUGUGCUUUUUCCUGGUGCACCCCGCUUCCUACAAUACACCAAGAGCUGCGGCCGCUAUCGCUGUCGCCUCCACCACACCAGCCUCCCAGACUUCCCUGCCAUCAAGGAUGGCAUAGCCCAACUCACCUAUGCUGGCCCUGGCUGAGCUCCAGGACCUGGGAUAUUUACUGGUACAAUCCCAACCCCAUUCAAGCAAGGACCUCAGAAUAUCCCCUUUCCCUUUCUGUUUAGUGUCCAGCAUAUGCUAGGUUCAGGCUGGGGAGGCUUUCUUCUCAACUUUGCCCGACCCCAGCCUCCAUACUGAUCCAAAGUGUCAAAUUCUCAGUCUCCUUGGCCCCACAAGGUCCUCUCCUAGAGAGCUGGAAGCAAGAGGCUUGAGCCUCAGCCUAGUUCUGUUCUUGUUGAGUCCUUCCCUCUUCUGAGAUUCAGUCUCUUCUCGUAACACUGGGGCUGGAAAAACGGCUCAACAGUUAGGAGCAUUGGCUGUUGCUCUCUAUCUAGAGAGCCUGGGUUCAGUUCCCAGCACUCACACGGCACAGGCACACAUGUGAUAUACAUACAUACAGACAGACAAACGUCUCUAAGCAUAAAAUAAAUAAAUUACAACAAAAAGAGACAGCUGGCGGGCAGCGCCCAGAGCCUCCCAGCUGUGAGUCUCAGACAGCUUCUGGAUGGGAUCAGAGGCAGCUGUAGACAAUGAGGCCCUGUAGAGCAUCUGGUGCAAGCUAGGCCACAGGAAUCAUCAAUCAGAGAAGGCUGGGCUCCAAUCCUGGCCCACUUGGUCCAUUAGGUUUGCUUGAGAUCCCUUAAAUGACCCCUUCCCAAUGUCUAGGAAAAGAUACUGGACUUCUCUGGGUCCCACCAACAAACAGGGAAUAGACAUUGGGGGAAAGAAUCAGUCCUGUGUCUUUAUUAAAGAGCGUUAGAAAGGGACCACACCUGGCAACCAAGGAAUGAGGUACCAGCCAGGAAGGUAGGAUGGGCUCAGGCUCUAGGGAUUCGAGGGAAGACUGAUGGCCUGGGAGGGCCCAAGGAAACCUUGUCCUGGCAGCAGCUGAGAAAGUGCCUAAGAGAAAGCUUUAGACACUACAGCCACAAGCUGGUUCUGCAGGCUGAGGGGCUGAAGCUGUGGAUGCAAGAUAGGUUGGGGUGGCCUGGAAUCACCCUGAGGCCACCUUGGCUUGUCUACCUAGAUCAUCCACUGGUCCUGAUCCUGUUCGUUGCCUUCCAUGUCCACCUGAAGAGGAGGCUGGGUGUGGGUGUGGAGGGGCCUCAGCCAGCCUCAGCCCAGAUCCUGCCCCUGGGUAGAGCCAGGGUUUCUGCAUCCCUUGGCCAUCAAUUAGAUCAGGGGCAGGAGCCUAGGAACAAAGGCACUCCCCUACACCCCGCCUACCUCAUUGACCUCUCCAUCAUCAGGUGACUCAUUAUAGUCAUUCAUCUCAUCCAUGUCCUGCAUGUCCUCAUCAUCUUCUGAAUCCUCUUCACUGUCCUCAUCAUCUUCAUCAUCCUCUUCUUCCUCAUCAUCAUAGUGCUGGUAGGGCAAGAGAGAGUCUGUAG